AUGGCCACGCCGCAACCUCACACCGCAGCAUCAACAUCUCAGCCCAUGGCAAAAUCAUUCCCUCUCCAAAAGCUGCCCACAGAAAUAAUUUCCGCCCUCUACCCAUAUAUCCUCUCCAAUUUCGCCGAAGAAGUCCACAGGAGCACAAACAACACAUCGACGCACUCCGCAGAACUGACAUGUCGACCUCGCGGCUGGAAGGGACUCUCAGAAGAAGGUUGUUUGGCGUUAAUCAGACCAUGUCCUUUUGAGAAAGCUAUGGAGGCUGUGUUCUGGAUCUGGCAGGACUAUCGCAAAUACCGGAUUCGAAACUCGAUGUUCGUGACUAUGUUUUGGGGUCUUAUUAACGAGAUGGGUCAAUUUAACGAUUUCACUCGAGAUGCGUUUUCCUUGGUAGUGAACUUGCGAACAGACCUUCCACCCAUGAUGACACAGAAUAUUCGUCAGCUUCUGUUCCGCAAAGAAAGCUGGAAGUGUAGAACCAGUGAAGCUAUUGGUGAUGAGUUCGGGUUCGUGUUUGACAACCUCCUUGAUGGCAUAUAUCCAAGUUCACCAAAUCUUUCAAUAUCCUCUCCGCUUCUUCCUGAGCUGAGGACCAUAUACAUCAGUGGCUUUGAGCACGGGGAACCUCACUCCCGUGUGGCUCGAUACAACCAAUUUCGGGACGCCAACGUUGCCAACCGUUACCACACCCUUGACAAGGUCAAUAUGUAUACCACCUUAUAUCGUUUACUCUUCCUAGCCGGCAGAGCACCAGGCAACAAGAUUUCUAGACUUGGCCUUAGCCACUCGCCAGACUGCGGAAGCGUGUUUCGCUGUUUUUGGGAGGACUUUGAGAUGUUAAUCCGUCCAUUCACGAAGCGAUUAAGCUAUAUUGACGACUCCUUCCUGGAUACCCACGAGGAGUAUAUGUACAUCCAUGAGUUUGCAGAGUCAGAUGGGACAGGUUCCACAUUGAACUGGGAUGUUUUAAUGGCAUGGAGGAAGGACGCUCUCCUAGCACGCAACGGUUAG